AUGCAGCCAGCUAGGGUUACUAAAUUUGGAGCUUAUGUGUACGAGGAUGGUACGAAGUACAUAGGAGACUGGAACGAUCGAGGUCGAAAACAUGGCUUGGGUCACGUCCAAUUAAAAGAUAACACACGUUAUGAAGGAGGUUUCAGCAAUGGACUUUGCUCGGGUCUUGGAGUUCUCCAGUAUCCGGAUGGAGCGAGAUACGAAGGUGAAUUUAUGGAAGGAUGGUUUCAUGGUCACGGGAUGUUUUGGAGGGCUGAUGGCAUGAAGUACGAAGGACAAUUUCGAGGUGGUCGUAUUUGGGGAUUAGGUUUAGUAACAUUUAAGGACGGAUCCCACGGACUUCCGAGACACGAAGGAUAUUUCAAAGAUUGCAAAUUUCUACAAAAGAAGAAAUGUCCUGCGGUCGUUACAGAUGCACAACGAGCAGCAUUGAUGGCAAGAAUACAAACUGAACAAACAUAA